AUGGAUUUUUUCAACGCUGCGCUAAAGGAUAACAUCACGUUUGUGCGCCCUGCAUAUUUCAUAAUAAGUGGAUUUGUUGGCAUACCAAAUAUCAAGUAUUACUUUGUUUUUCUCUUUUUUGCUUACAGUCUUUCAUUCAUUGGAAACGUAACUGUAAUGACUGUUAUCAUGAUGGAUCACACAUUAAGAAGUCCGAAACAUGUUGCGGUUUUUAAUCUGGCAUUGACAGACUUGUUAAGUAGCUCUGCUUUGGUGCCAAAAGUUAUUGAUACUUUUCUGUUUAACCAUCGCUACAUUUCCUACAAUAACUGUUUGACCUACAUGUUUUUCUGCUUCACUCUAAUUUCAAUGCAGUCUCUUAAUCUGGCUGUGCUCUCUAUUGACAGACUGAUGGCCAUCCUCUAUCCACUGCACUAUCAGGUGAAGGUGACGCACAGAUUCAUGCUGUCUGUGAUCGCUUUUUUCUGGCUCGUUGCCGUUACAGUGACUCUCACUGCAGUCGGUCUUCUCACGAGACUUUCUUUCUGUACGUCAGUGGUUAUCAAGAGUUUCUACUGUGACCACGGUCCUGUAUAUCGACUUGGUUGCAACGAUGUGACUCCAAAUAUUGGCAUUUCAAGAUUAGCCCCCAUCCUUGUUGUUUGGAUUCCAUUGAUAUUUAUCUUGGUUAGUUAUUGCUGUAUUAUUCGUGCUUUGUCAAAGAUUACCACAGUUCAGGGACGAGUGAAAGCCUUUAAAACAUGCAUGGGUCACAUUUCAUUGAUAGCAAUCUAUUACAUCCCUGUUAUAUUCGUGUUUUGCUUUGGGACAUCAAUAGAUGCGAAUACUAGGAUUAUAAGCCUGUCUUUAACUAAUAUCCUCAUACCCAUGUUGAACCCAAUUGUUUAUGUGUUUCAGACGCAAGAAAUGAAAGAGUCACUAAAAAAGUUAUUGAAAAUUAAAGCAUGA